CAGUCGAGAUACGGAAACGCCAGCCCUCCAAGGCAGGCCAGAGCGGCCCUAUCUGGCCAGCGUGGCGCGGUGGAGAGCUAGAGCGGCCGGCAGGAGGAGUAGAGUCGCCUCACAGAAGCUGGGCUAGAGCGGCUGGCGGGAGGAGUGGAGCUGGACUCAGAGGCGGCCUCUGGGGCAGCUAGAGCGACUCGGAGGCGGGGGUGGGGAAGCCCAGAGCCGGCGCGUGGAGGCUUCGGUACUGGCAGCUGCGGUGGCUUCUCCUCUGACCCCGGAGCAGCCCUGCAGAGCCCAUGGAGGCAGACGACGUCGUGGCCCGAGGGGCGGCCCUAGGGCCCCCGCGGUCUGGCCUGGUGCCCCUCAGCAUCAUCGGGGCUGAGGACGAGGAUUUCGAGAACGAACUGGAGACGAAUGCAGAAGAACAAAACAGCCAGUUCCAGAGUCUGGAGCAGGUGAAGCGCCGCCCGGCCCACCUCAUGGCCUUCCUGCAGCACGUGGCCCUGCAGUUCGAGCCAGGACCCCUGCUCUGCUGCUUGCAUGCGGACAUGCUGGGCUCGCUGGGCCCCAAGGAGGCCAAGAAGGCCUUCCUGGACUUCUACCACAGCUUCCUGGAGAAGACCGCGGUUCUGCGGGUGCCGGUCCCUUCCACAGUCGCCUUUGAACUUGACCGCACGCGGCCCGACCUCCUCUCCGAGGACAGCCAGCGGCAGUUCGUGCAGGAGGUGGUGCAGAGCCAGCAGGCGGCCGUCAGCCGGCAGCUGGAGGACUUCCGCUCCAAGCGGCUCAUGGGCAUGACGCCCUGGGAGCAAGAGCUGUCCCAGCUGGAGGCCUGGGUGGGGCGCGACCGAGCCAGCUUCGAAGCCCGGGAACGGCUUGUGGCCGAGCGGCUGCUGGCCCACCUGGAAGAGAUGCAACACACUAUCUCUGCCGACGAAGAAAAGAGUGCCGCUGUGGUCAACGCCAUCAGCCUGUACAUGCGUCACCUUGGCGUGCGGACAAAGAGUGGGGACAAAAAGUCAGGGAGGAAUUUCUUCCGAAAAAAGGUGAUGGGGAACCGGCGGUCAGACGAGCCGACUAAGACCAAGAAGGGACUGAGCAGCUUCCUGGAUGCCGCCCGCUGGAACCGGGGAGAGCCCCAGGCCCCAGAUUUUCGACACCUCAAAGGGGAGGCUGAUGCUGAGAAGCCAGGCCUCGCAGAACGGAAGGGGGGCCUAGGGGGGCCCUCCCGGGACCGGAAUGUUGGGGGCCCUGGGCAGGACAUCCCUGGAGUUUCUCUGCACCCUCUCUCUGGGGACAGCCCAGACCGGGAACCAGGCGCUGAUGCCCCACUGGAGCUAGGGGACCCACCCCCGCAGGGCCCGCCCAGCCAGGAGGCCCCAGCUCCCCUGGAGAGCACCGAGGAGGGCGCUGACACCGAGAGAAGGUGGAAAAGGCUAUCAGGGCGUCUGGGGCGCUCAGAGAGCCUGCGGGUGAGUGACCGCCGCCGGCCUUCCCGGGGCAGCCUCGGGGCUAAGGGCCGGGGUGGGGGCCGCUCCCGGAGCGACGUGGACAUGGACCCCAGCUCCGCCACGGCCGUGCUUGGCCCUGCCCGACGAGCCACCCCCGAGCCUGGAGAUGAGGGGGAGCCGGGACGGUCGGGACUAGAGCUGGAACCGGAAGAGCCCCCAGGCUGGCGGGAGCUCGUCCCCCCAGGUACCCUGCACAGCCUGCCCAAGAGCCAGGUGAAGCGACAAGAGGUCAUCAGCGAGCUGCUGGUGACGGAGGCGGCCCACGUGCGCAUGCUUCGGGUGCUGCAUGACCUUUUCUACCAGCCCAUGGCGGACGGGGGCUUCUUCUCCCUGGAGGAGCUUCAGAACAUCUUCCCCAGCCUGGACGAGCUCAUCGAGGUGCAUUCCCUGUUCCUCGAUCGCCUGAUGAAACGGAGGCAGGACAGUGGCUACCUCAUUAAGGAGAUUGGAGAUGUGCUGCUGGCCCGGUUUGAUGGUGCCGAGGGCAAAUGGUUCCAGAAAAUCUCCUCCCGCUUCUGCAGCCACCAGUCGUUCGCUUUAGAGCAGCUCAAAGCCAAACAGCGCAAGGAGCCUCGUUUCUGCGCCUUUGUGCAGGAGGCCGAGAGCCGCCCUCGGUGCCGCCGCCUGCAGCUGAAGGACAUGAUCCCCACGGAGAUGCAGCGGCUGACCAAGUACCCCCUGCUCCUGCAGAGCAUCGGGCAGAACACAGAAGAGCCCGCAGAACGGGAGAAAGUGGAGCUGGCAGCCGAGUGCUGCCGGGAAAUCCUGCACCACGUCAACCAAGCGGUGCGGGACAUGGAGGACCUGCUGCGGCUCAAGGAUUAUCAGAGGCGCCUGGACUUGUCCUACCUGCGGCAGAGCAGUGACCCUAUGCUGAGCGAGUUCAAGAACCUGGAUAUCACCAAGAAGAAGCUGGUCCACGAGGGCCCACUGACGUGGCGGGUGACGAAGGACAAGGCUGUGGAGGUGCACGUGCUCCUGCUGGAUGACCUGCUGCUUCUGCUCCAGCGCCAGGAUGAGCGGCUACUUCUCAAGUUGCACAGCCGGACGCUGACGCCCACGCCUGACGGCAAGACCAUGCUGCGACCGGUGCUGCGGCUCACCUCCGCCAUGACCCGCGAGGUGGCCACCGAUCACAAAGCCUUCUAUGUCAUCUUUACCUGGGACCAGGAGGCUCAGAUAUACGAGCUGGUGGCACAGACCGUGUCGGAGCGGAAGAACUGGUGUGCCCUCAUCACCGAGACAGCUGGAUCCCUGAAAGUCCCUGCCCCCGCCUCCCGCCCCAAGUCUCGGCCCAACCCAAGCCUCGACUCCUGUCCCUGUGUCCGGACCUCCCCACCUCCCCACCUCCAGUUCUCUGUCUCCCUGCCCCUGCCACCCCUUGGGGCCACGGGUAUGGGGUCACCCAGCACUUCCCCCAGCACUCGAGAACCCCUGCUCAGCAGCUCCGAGAACAGCAACGGUGGCCGAGAGAUGCCCCCAGCGGACGGCCGGAUCGAGAGAACUCUCAGCGCCCUCCUGCCCUUCUGCAGGCCCGGCCCUGAGGGCCAGCUCUCUGCCAAGGCCCUUCAGAAAGUUCUGACCCUCAAGCAGCUCCUGUUCCCCUUGGAGGAAGACAGCGGGGCGGGGCCUCCCCUCCAAGGGGAUGGGGUACCAGGGGGUGGCCCCUUGAACCCCACACAGACCCAGGAAAUCCGAGAGGAGCUGCUCUGCCUGGAGGAGACCAUUAAACAGCUGGAGGAGAUGGAGGAGGAGUUCUGUCGCAUGCGACUCGUCCUGUCUCAGCUUGGGGACAACACUGUCCCCCAGCCUGGCUGUACCUGAGGCUGCCCCAGGCAGGCCUUUUGCAACAUGGAGAGGACUUGAGGACCAGCCCCCCACCACUGCACAGCUGCUGCAGCAUCUCCGACCCCGAGGGCCCCGGGACAAGGAACUGGGCUCUUGGGGCCACGUCUAGCGGGGGGUCCCAGCUUGGAUCGCUGCCUCCCCGAAACCUCUCGUUGGUCCUUUUCUCCCUCCCGCCUUCUGCUUGGGGGACUCAGGGCUUCAUUCCAGGGGACACCACAGUGAUCCCUAUUUCCCGGGCCAUCUCAGUAUUGCCUUGGGGGGGGAGGCCACCCCUCCACCCCCAUCCCCACCCCAAGUGCCUUUGCUCUGUUUUUAUACCCUGAAUUGGAGGUCUAUUUUUUAAUAUAUAUUAUCUAAGGAGAGGUGUGCGUCGUGCGGGCCGGGCAGGGCCUGGCGUGGCAUCUGGAGCGCUCCCUGCUGCGCCGCGUCCACCACGUCCACCGCGUCCACCGCGUCCACCGCGUCCUCACACCGCCU